AUGCCUUCAACCAUAAGGAAUCUCAAGAAAUUGGUGACAUUGGAUAUUCUACUAGCACAUUUUAAUUGUGGUUUGCCAACAACUAUUUUCAGGAUGAAGCAUUUGAAGUAUUUAAUCUUAGGCUAUGAUAAAACGUUUGAGUCUAACAAAUGCACAAAUUUGAAUGUCAGAAAUGAGGUGUAUUUACCGAACGUAGAAACUUUAUUUGCGAUGCCUGGUACCAUUUUGAAAGCUAGCUCAUUACAAAAACUCUCCAACUUAAGAGAGCUGACAUUAUACGAGACUAAUAACCAACAUAUAAAUGUCAUAUCUGGUAAAACACCCAUAUCGGAGAAGCUCCAAGACUUGGAUUUGCACUUCACUCAGAAGUUUAAUUGGUCAAACCUGUCCCAGUAUGACCAUCUUGCUAGUUUGACUAUGAGAACUGGAUUUGAUUUUCCAUUCAAUCUUGACACCAUUGAAUUCCCUCCAAACCUUAUCUUCCUUAACCUUUUGUUCAUGAAAUUCACUGAGGAUCCAAUGAAGGUACUAAAGGAACUACGCAAAUUAGAGUUCCUUGAAUUGUUAAAUUGUGAAUACAACCAAUCAAUCCCGAUGGAUUUCUCAGGAGAAAACAGCUUUCCAGAGCUUCAAGUGUUGUCAAUUUAUAGAUUAGCUGUGGAUGAUGUGAUUCCGGAGUUGAUUGUGGAUCAAAGAGGGAUGCCAAAGCUUAACAAGGCUUGGGUUUCCGAGAAAUUGAUCCAGGUCGAUGGAAAUCGAAAUCUUGAUGACAUUGUGGCUAUUAAAUUAGAGAUGUUAAGUGACAGAAAUUUAAUCCAAGCAUCUUCUAGAGAUUCGGAUGGAAGAGUGGAAAGUUGUCGCAUUCAUGAUCUUCUACGCUUUCUUUGCAUCGAAAAGGCCAACGAGAACAACUUCUUCUUUAAUGCACUCCAUGAUAGACACUCUAAUUCAUUUUCAAUGCUUCGUAGACUUACAAUCGACAACACUAGUCAAUUUUCUUUUUCAAAAACUCCAAAACUUCGUACCUUGUUCUGUUUCUCUAACUCAAGAGAAGGAUGGACUUUGAUUCCUAAUGAGAUAGGAGAUCUGAGUAGGUUGACUUUCCUUAUGUUGAGAGGGAGAUUUGAAAGGAUGCCUUCAACCAUAAGGAAUCUCAAGAAAUUGGUGACAUUGGAUAUUCUACUAGCACAUUUUAAUUGUGGUUUGCCAAGAACUAUUUUCAGGAUGAAGCAUUUGAAGCAUUUACUCGUAGGCAGUGGUAAAACGUUUGAGUCUAACAAAUGCACAAAUUUGAAUGUCAGAAAUGAGGUGUAUUUACCGAACGUAGAAACUUUAUUUGGGAUGCCUGUUACCAUUUUGAAAGCUAGCUCAUUACAAAAUCUCUCCACCUUGAGAGAGCUGUUUUUAUACGAGAUUAAUGACCAAUGUAUAAAUGUCAUAUCUGGUAAAACACCCAUAUCAGAGAAGCUCCAUUACUUGGAAUUGUUGUUCACUCAGAAGUUUGAGAGGUUAAACUUGUCCCGCUAUGACCGUCUUGCUAGUUUGACUAUGGAAGCUGGAUCUGAUUUUCCAUUCAAUCUUGACACCAUUGAAUUCCCUCCAAACCUUAUCUCACUUGAACUUUCGUUCCUGAAAUUCACUGAGGAUCCAAUGAAGGUACUAAAGGAACUACGCAAAUUAGAGUUCCUUCAAUUGUCAGGUUGUAAAUACAGCCAAUCAAUCACGAUGGAUUUCUCAGGAGAAAACAGCUUUCCAGAGCUUCGAGUUUUGCUACUUUAUGGAUUAUUUCCAGAGUUGAUUGUGGAUCAAAGAGGGAUGCCAAAGCUUAACAAGUUUGUGUGCAGCCAAAAAGGCAUAAAUGUUCCCGAGAGACUACGUGAAAUAAUGGAGGUGCCAUGA